AUGGCGCUCUCGGUUUUAAAAAAUAGAGACGAAGGCACAGAAGGAACAAUACUGCCCUUGGAUAUGGUGACAGAAGAACCAUUAAUCGGGAUACCUCCCAUUCCGGUCAACGAUACUGGAAAUAUAUUUAUACAGUACCUAACACAUCCGCCCGAGAUCACGAUCCGGCCACGCAACCUGCAGGUUCGCGCCAACGGCAUCGCCGCCUUUUACUGCGCGGCACGAGGUGAUCCCAUACCCAACAUUCAGUGGCGAAAGAACGGGAAAAAAGUUUCAAAUACACAGUCUCGGUUCCAAGUGUCUGGGAUGGACUCGGCGGCGGGUCCGAACGCCAACGGAGCUGUGCUGAGGAUCGACCCGGUGCGGGCGCAGAGGGAUGACGCGACUUAUGAGUGUAUCGCCGAAAACGGAGUUGGGGAUGCGGUUACCGCAGUUGCUACUCUCACCAUUUUUGAAGCUGACAAGGUACCGCCAGGCUUCCCCACCAUCGCGCCGCCAUCUUCCACCAUGGUGGUAGAAGUCGGCCACACUGCCACGCUGCCGUGCCAGGCCAGUGGCAACCCUACACCCCGUAUCCGUUGGCUAUGGAACUCUCUGCCGUUGGACGUUGCAUCCAACCCUAGAUACGCGUUACUAAACGAUAAGAUGCAUGGUACAUUGCAAAUUGUUAAAAGCGAAGAGGAAGAUCAAGGCAAGUUCGAGUGUGUCGCUGAGAACGCCAUCGGCACGGAGUUCUCGAAGCCAACUUCUUUGUACGUCAAAGUGAGACGAGUCGCACCCCAGUUCUCGAUCCCCCCUCCGCCACGCACUGAGGUAAUGCUCGGUGGUAACCUCACGCUCAAGUGCGUAGCCUUCGGAUCGCCGAUGCCUACCGUCAAGUGGAGAAAAGGUCUGACAAAAUGGCUGACAUCCGAAGACAAUCCGCCGUUGGGUCUGAACACUCUGAAACUAGAAGACAUCAGAGAAUCGGCGAACUACACUUGUGAAGCGGCGAGCGUACUGGGCGUGAUCGAGACAACCGCUGAGGUCAAGGUGCAGUCGUUACCCGGGCCACCGACCGAAGUGCGAGCGUCUGAAAUAACGGCGACCACCGUGCGACUGGCGUGGACCUAUAGCGGACCCGAGGAACCUCAGUACUACGUCAUCCAGUAUAAACCAAAAUAUGCCAAUCAGGCGUUCAGCGAGAUAUCGGGCGUGAUAACACAAUACUAUUCAGUAACGAAUCUUUCCCCGUACACUGAGUAUGAGAUGUACGUGAUAGCCGUGAACAAUAUCGGCAGAGGUCCGCCUUCAGCACCCGCGGUCAUCACCACGGGAGAAACUGUGGAUUCCUUAUAUGGAGGAGCUAAACCCGGAUCAGCGCCGCGGAAUGUGCAGGUGCGACCUCUGAGCUCCAGCACAAUGGUGAUUCAAUGGGACGAGCCUGAGACGCCUAAUGGUCAAGUUACGGGGUACAAAAUCUUCUAUACGUCCGAUCCAUCUCAGCCCUUGCAGUCUUGGCAUUCUCAAAUGAUGGACAACAACCACCUCACGACCAUCAGUGAGCUGACCCCCCACACCGUGUACACGAUACGGGUGCAAGCCUUCACUUCAGUCGGCCCCGGCCCGAUAUCUGCUCCUGUACAAGUAAAAACUCAACAAGGCGUGCCGUCUCAACCUUCGAACCUAAUAGCGGUAGAAGCGGGAGAAACAUCAGUGACUCUUUCAUGGAAACGGCCAGCUCAUGCCGGAGACAAUAUUGUUUCCUAUGAGCUGUAUUGGAACGAUACUUAUGCUAAGGAACAUCACAGGAAACGUAUACCGAUAACGGAAACCUACACGCUGAACGGUCUCUACCCCAACACGCUGUACUACAUCUGGCUCGCGGCGCGCUCCCAACGCGGCGAGGGCGCCACCACACCGCCCAUAGCCGUCCGCACCAAGCAGUACGUUCCCGGCGCACCCCCGAUGAAUGUGACCGCGGUGCCUGUAUCGCCUACCGCCAUUCGGGUGACAUGGCAGCCACCGCCCGCCGAGCAGGCAAACGGUCGUAUCGCCUACUACAAACUGCUCUGUGUGGAAUCCGGAAGGGGGGAUUCUGAAGCGACGGUGGUCAAGCUGAACCAGACUAGCUUCGUCCUGGACGAGCUUCGUCGCUGGACGGAGUACCGCAUUUGGGUGUUGGCUGGGACCAGCGUGGGCGACGGUCCCGCCUCCUACCCGGUCACCGUCCGCACUCACGAAGACGUGCCCGGAGAACCUCAAGAAGUCAAAGUGACUGCUAUCAACUCUACGUCGAUCCAUGUGACAUGGAAGCCGCCUCCCGAAAAAGAGAAAAACGGAAUCAUAAGAGGUUAUCAUGUACACGUGCAAGAAGUGAGAGAAGAGGGUAAGGGCCUCCUGAACGACCCGAUGAGAUUCAACGUGAUGGACGACUCGACCCUAGAACUGAACGUAUCCGGGUUACAACCGGAUACCCGAUAUAGCGUGCAAGUAGCGGCGCUUACAAGAAAGGGAGACGGGGACAGGAGCGCUCCGGUCUCGGUAAAAACUCCUGGUGGAGUACCAAACAGACCAACUGUCAAUUUAAAGAUUUUGAAACAAGACCCCAUAGUCUCGAUUGAAAUAGAAUGGGCAAAACCCACUCAAACAUAUGGAGAUUUGCUUGGUUAUAGACUGAGGUAUGGUAUUAAGGAUCAACCUCUUGAAGAAGUUAAAUUUUCCGGAACUAAAGUUACCUCACAUAGAAUUAAUGAUUUAGAAAGAGGAGUGCAGUAUGAAUUUAGAGUAGCUGGCAGAAAUCAAAUCGGUAUUGGUCAAGAAGCAAUUAAAUAUUGGCUAACUCCAGAAGGAGCGCCAAAAGGGCCGCCCACAAACGUAACAUAUCAUUUCCAAACACCAGAUGUCAUUAGUGUAACGUGGGAGCCACCAAUAAGAGCUGACCGCAGCGGACAGAUUAAAAAAUACGAUGUUCAAUUUUACAAAAGAGGAGAUCAAUCAUCUCUGAUUGAAAAGACGACGGAAUCAACAAAAGUUGUAUUUACGGGUCUUGAAGAAGAUGCUCAUUAUGUGUUCAAAGUUAGAGCUUACACGGAUCAAGGUCCAGGCCCGUAUAGUAAAGAUGUUACAGCUCACACUGAAAGAGAUAUUGGAAGAGCACCAAUGUCAGUCAAAGCUGUAGCAACGUCAGAAUCUGGCGUAGAAGUAUGGUGGGAACCCGUUCCUUCAAGGAAGAAAAUAAUAGGUUAUGUUAUAUUUUACACGAUGACGCCUGUGGAGGAUUUAGAUGAAUGGCAGCAUAUAAAUGUUCAUGUAACUCAUUCUGCAAACUUAGAAAAUUUAGACAAAUUUGCAGAAUAUGCUAUUGCUGUGGCAGCCAAAACUGCAGACGGUUUAGGAAGAUUAUCAGAGAAGGUUACUGUUAAAGUGAAGCCAGAAGAAGUGCCUUUACAUCUUAGAGCUCAAGAUGUGUCCACCCAUUCCAUGACUCUGUCGUGGUCCCCCCCGUUACGCUUAAACCCGGUUAGCUAUAAGAUUUCAUACAAUGCCAUUAAAGAAUUCGUCGAUUCGCUUGGGAUGACGCAAACGCAAGAAAUUCCUAAAAGGGAAAUAAUAGUUAAACAUGAUAGAACGUCAUAUUCUAUUAACGAUUUAUCUCCGUUCACUACGUAUAAUGUUAACAUAAGUGCCAUACCUAAUGAUAAUUCCUACAGACCUCCUACUACGAUAUUCGUAACAACGCAGAUGGCCGCACCGAAACCAAUGGUAAAGCCGGACUUUUAUGGUGUUGUUGAAAAUGAAAUACUCGUAAUUCUACCUCAAGCAUCCGAAGAAUACGGACCUAUUUCGCAUUAUUAUCUAGUUGUAGUUCCUGACGACAAAUCACAUAAUCAUAAAAAUCCAGAUCAAUUUUUAACAGAGGAUUUAAUAAAAAAUAAUGCAAGAACAGAUGAUGAAAAUGCACCAUAUAUUGCUGCAAAGUUUUUGCAAAGAAAUAUACUUUACACCUUCCAUCUUGGUAAUGAUGAAGUAUAUGAAGGUUUUCUUAAUAGAAAACUUAAUCCUAAUAAAAAGUACAGGGUUUUUGUUAGAGCCGUUGUAGAUACACCCCAAAAGCAUUUGUACACAUCUAGCCCUUUUUCAGAAUAUUUAUCGUUAGAUAUGCGAGAAGCACCGCCCGGUGAAGAACCAAGUAGACCUGAUCCUAAAGACAUUAAUGGGGAUCCUGAAAUAAGAAUAGAAGAAAAUAGAAAAGAAGCUGGCAUGCUCUGGGUUGUGGGGCCUAUCAUAGCAGCAUUAAUGCUUUCUCUGUGUUUAGUACUUCUGUUUAUUGUGAAGAGAAGAAGACAACCUUGCAAAACACCAGAUCAAUCAGCUGUUACUCGACCUUUAAUGUCUGCUGAUAUAGGAUUCGGCGCGCCUUCAGAUCCAGUAGAGAUGCGACGUUUGAAUUUCCAAACUCCGGCUAUGAUAUCUCAUCCGCCUAUACCGAUAUCUGAACUCGCUGAACAUAUUGACAGAUUAAAAGCUAAUGAUAAUCUCAAGUUCUCCCAGGAAUAUGAAAGUAUAGAACCGGGCCAACAAUUCACGUGGGAUCAUUCUAACAUGGAAGUAAACAAACCGAAGAACCGUUACGCGAAUGUCAUCGCCUACGACCAUAGUCGUGUGAUACUCCAACCUAUCGAUGGAAUACUUGGAAGUGAUUAUAUAAAUGCCAACUAUUGCGAUGGGUACCGUAAACAUAAUGCAUACGUUGCAACUCAAGGACCACUACAAGAAACGUUUGCUGAUUUCUGGCGAAUGUGCUGGGAACUACGAACGUCCACUAUAGUAAUGAUGACAAAAUUAGAAGAGCGAACUAGAAUUAAAUGUGACCAAUACUGGCCUAGUCGAGGGAGUGAGUCGUAUGGCAUGAUGACGGUCACCAUCGCAGAAGUUCAGGAACUUGCUACGUAUUGUAUUCGAACAUUCCAAGUAACUAGGAAUGGGGGAGCAGAGCGGCGAGAAAUUAAACAACUACAAUUUACUGCUUGGCCCGACCAUGGAGUGCCAGACCACCCAGCUCCUUUCUUACAAUUCCUCCGACGUGUUCGAGCACUGAAUCCACCAGAUGCUGGCCCGUUAGUUGUUCAUUGCUCCGCUGGUGUUGGACGUACGGGUUGCUUUAUCGUUAUCGAUUCAAUGCUCGAGAGAGCAAGACAUGAACGCACUGUCGACAUAUACGGUCACGUCACUUGUUUACGAGCUCAGCGGAAUUACAUGGUGCAAACCGAAGAUCAGUACAUCUUCAUUCACGAUGCCUUACUCGAAGCCGUUAUUUGCGGUGACACUGAAGUUCCAGCUCGCAACUUACACUCACACAUCCAAAAGCUAAUGCGUAUCGAUACGAUUGAAAAUAUCACUGGAAUGGAAUUAGAGUUCAAGAAACUGGCUAACAUGAAGGCCGAUUCGAGCCGUUUCGUAUCAGCCAGCUUGCCUUGUAAUAAACAUAAGAAUCGACUGGUGCACAUUUUGCCAUAUGAGUCGACUCGUGUCUGUUUGACUCCACGCGAUGGAUCCGACUAUAUCAACGCAUCGUUUGUUGAUGGAUAUAGAUACAGGGCUGCCUACAUUGCCACUCAAGGUCCACUCCCUGACACAAACGACGACUUCUGGCGAAUGCUUUGGGAACAUAACUCCACUAUCAUAGUUAUGCUUACAAAAUUGAAGGAAAUGGGCAGGGAAAAAUGCCAUCAGUAUUGGCCUUCCGAUCGUUCAGCACGCUAUCAAUGCUUCGUCGUGGACCCUAUCGCCGAGUACAACAUGCCUCAGUACAUCUUGAGGGAAUUCAAGGUAACGGAUGCUCGAGAUGGAGCGUCCAGAACAGUUCGCCAGUUCCAGUUCACGGACUGGCCGGAACAAGGUGUGCCCAAGAGCGGCGAAGGUUUCAUCGACUUCCUUGGACAAGUUCACAAGACCAAAGAGCAGUUCGGUCAAGACGGGCCCAUCACUGUACACUGCAGCGCCGGAGUGGGCCGCACGGGAGUGUUCAUCACGCUGUCGACGGUGCUGGAGCGCAUGCAGUACGAGGGCGUCGUGGACGUGUUCCAGACCGUCCGCACGCUGCGCACGCAGCGCCCCGCCAUGGUGCAAACUGAGGACCAGUACGAAUUCUGCUAUCGCGCUGCGCUGGAGUACCUCGGCUCGUUCGACCACUACGCCAACUGACGCUGAGACAGACUCGUCUAAACCGACACUAACCUUGCCGCAUGUAUGUAGACGCCUUAUUGAAAAAAAAAAAAAAAUUGUCUAUGGUUAAAUGUCAUACUGGAAGUACGCGUGUCAUUAACAAUAUAUUAUUUACUAUGUAUCUCAAACCGAUAACGAUAAAAUAUAAAGGGGAUUUACGUUAUCUUCUCAAAGAGAUUCCAUAUUGCACUACGUUUUAAAUUUUAUAAUAAGAUUACUCUUUAUGCGAACGUCAUUUUAAUGGCGAACUACGCUAACAGCAGAUGCUCUCGUAUUAAAAUUAUGCUCUUUCAAUUACCAUAUUGAAAAGGACUCUGAAAUAUCGCGGGAAUAUAUUAGGAAAACGUUAAAUGAAAUAAUAUAAUACUUAUUACAUUUUUAGCUUAAUAUUUUUAAUGGCAUGCGUUUUAAAUUGAUUUUAAAAAAAAACAACAAGAAUAUCUGCAAAGUUAAAUAAAAAUUAAAAAGUGUUUAAAGUCGGCAAGGCUGGUAAACUAAUUGGACGCAGUGUUCUCAUGAACUGACUGAUCGUAAUCUCGUUCACUUCAGUGUCGUACACGUAUAAGGCUAUAAUAUAUGAGUGCCUAGGAAAAAGUUACUUAUGAUGUAUAUUUACGAAGACCAUAGUAAACAUGAUUGUGAGUCGGAAGGGUAAAUAUAUUAUAGAAACCUCGACCCUAUAAUUAUACUAUAGAUAAAAGCGCGGCCCAUCGAGAUAUUUUUAUAGUUCGAUUGGCCAUAUUAAAUACUUUAAACAUUUCAGAAACGCAUUUUUAAUAGAAAU